AUGUAUAUUGGUGUUGUCGAUUUACAGCAGGGCAGCUGUCAUGGUCCUUAUGGUGAUAUAGUACCGGGUUAUGUACAACGUCAUGGCGUAGGUAUUGAAGACAAGUGUACAGCGACUAUAUACUACGCUUACAAUGGUAAAGCAAUCAAAGCUAAUGAUGGUGACUGUGAUCUAGCGAUACUAACGAAUCCAGCUGGCUUAAAAUUAGUUUGGCUACUGGACAAAGAAGGACAUGUACCAAAUAAUGCCGUUGAGUUUAGAUUUAUCGAUGAUGAAGGUUGGGAUGUGAUCUACGUUGGACGUACAAUUGAUAGUAAAAUUAUUGGUAGAGUGCAGCCAUCAUACAAGCACAAAUGUUUAUAUUUUCCAAAUUUUGAAAAAAAUAUGGAAGAAAGGACAAAUGAAUAUGAAGUGCUAUGUUUUACACAAGAAUAA